AUGCGUUCUGAUGUUACAAAAUUAUCUUCUGCAGAUUAUGAAAAUAUCAUGCAAUACCGAGAUAUGAAAUUCAAGCCUCUAAAAGAAAUUAAGAAAGAAAUUUCAUAUAUCAACUUCUCGUUUAUAUCAGAUUUGGAGAGGGCAGGAAAUAG